GUUGGGGUUUUUUGGAUGGUUACCUGUCCUAUAUUUCUACAGAGGUGGGCGGAGGAUUGAUCUGUAUAAAGAGACAGUGCUCAGAGUCGUUUUCACAACAGCAUCGACUGACAGUUGAAAAAACACUCUCUGACUCUCCUGAAAGGACUAAGAUCAUUUAUCCACCUGAACGAUGAAGCUCGCCACCGCCACACUCGCCUCCUUCCUCCGUCCCGCCGCCACCAUGCUCAUCCUCCUGCCACUGCUUCUGAUUGGCUGGGCUGAGCAGGCAGCAGCGCACCCUGUCGACCGGCCGCUCAGCCCACCGCUACGAAACGACGGGACGUACCAGGCUGUCAGGGACGUAUCACAACACGCUCAGAGUUUGCAGACGGAGGACGACUCCAGCACCAGACUGAUGCCCAGAGUCAACACCGACCAGGACCACCUGAAGAUCUGCUGCCUCCACGCCAACAUCCUCGACUACUACCUGAACAACAUCCUGCGUCACCGCGACAACGCACAUCCCAAAAUGCACCGUCUGAUUGUCGACCUGGCCCGUGUCAGCGAGGACCUGAAGACUCAAGGCUGUAACGUGACUCGCUACCACGACCAUCACCACGCUGUGGAGUUCCGCAGGAAGCUCGACAAGAUGGGCGGCGAGCGCGGUAUAAACAAAGCCGUGGGAGAGGUCGACAUCCUGUUCACCUACCUGCAGGACUUCUGCGUCCAGCCCAGGAACUCCACCGCCGCCACCGCCGCCGCCAUCUGACGCCCCGACUGUUCCUACUGAGCACUCUGCAAACAGCCGCCUCUCUAUUUAUCGUAUUUAUCAGCUUUUAUAGCAACAAGUUUUCUACUUUUAUUUAUUAUUAGUUUAUUUAAUUUGAGAACGUAUUUAAUGUUUUUAUACAGUAUUUAUAUUUGACACGAGUCUGAUAAAGAGUUAUUGAUUUAGAUUUUAACAAUUUGGUUGUAUUGAUUUUUAAGAUAUUUUUUGGGCCUUUUUUUGCCUUAAUUUCAUGAGAAACCCAAAGUGUGUGUGUGUGCGGCUGGAAUCAAACCCGUGGCCGCUGCAGCCCUUACACAUGAGCCAACCCGUUGAUCUAUUUAUUGAUCAGAAUGUUGU